AUGGCAGACUCUCCAGAGGAACGCCAGCACUGGCGAGACAUCUUAAAGGCAUUUGAUGGCUACAUGCAGUACCACGUGAGCUGGGGGGAUCCAGGGGCUACAGCUAAUCUCAGCUAUCGGCGAACAACAGCCGUCGACUCGCCUUCCUCUCCCUCCCCGACGACCAGAAGCAGCUGUAUGACGCAAUUGGCUAUCGCGACAAGCUCGAGGCUGUUGAUGAGGGUAUUAGGAGGUAAGCUGGUGCUGGGCAUGAGCUUAGCUGACACCAGAAACUCGGAGUUCAUUGACCUCAUGAUCCAGGACCCCGUCUUCGCGGACAUGCUGGCCGGAGGCGAUGACGACACUGCCGCCUCCGCCCACUCACACGACCACCACGAGCACACGCACUCCCAUUCUCAAGGACACUCGCACUCGCACGACGCUGCGGAGCACUCCCACUCUCACAGUGACAGCGAUGGCGAGCCUGCAGCACCUUCGCCAGCGAACCCGAAGCCAAAGGCAUCGCAUACGGCCCGCGACAACCAGCAGGACAAGGUGCGCUCGACGCUGCGUUCCUUCGUGCGUGACUGGACAAAGGAGGGCGCUUCGGAGCGCGAAGCGUGCUACAAGCCCCUUCUCGAGGCGCUCGAGGCGCACUUCCCCGAAGUCUCGACCCGUGGCGAGAAGAAGGUCCUCGUUCCGGGAUGCGGUCUAGGCCGACUGGCGAUGGAGAUCGCCGCGCGCGGGUUCUGGGCCCAGGGCAACGAGUUCAGCACGUACAUGCUGAUUGCGAGUCACUUUGCUCUGAAUCAGACCACGACGGCCGAGGAGCAUAUUCUAUUCCCGUAUCUGCACUCGUGGUCGAACCACCAGUCGACGGGUAACCACUUGCUGCGAUCGGUGCGCGUUCCCGACGUCGUACCGGCAGACAUCUUAGCGGGGAUCACACCGGGCAACUUCUCGCUCGUCGCGGGCGAUUUCGAGGAGAUCUAUGGCCCGACGCACUGGUUCACGCCACAGUCAUCCGGUUCCGAGAGCGACGACGAGGAGGCUGGCCGCGUCAACCAGCGCGGACGAUGGAGUGCCGUCGUUACCUGCUUCUUCAUCGACACGGCGCGCAGCGUGCUCAACUACAUGCGCAUUAUUCAUGGCCUGCUCGAGGAUGGCGGCGUGUGGAUCAACGUCGGCCCGCUCCUGUGGCACUUUGAGAACUCUGCCCCGCGCAACGGUAUCGGCUCGAUCGAACUUAGCCUCGACGAGGUGAAGGAGCUCGCUGAGCUGGUUGGCUUUGACAUCAAGCACAUGAUCCGCUCACCCUACACUGGUAUCCCCGACAGCAUGCUCGAGCACAUUUACAACGUAAGCUCGGUAACGCUUGCUGCAGCUGACGUCAGUGUGCCUUCUGGGUCGCGACGAAGAAGUAGGCCCCCAACCUACAAGCCAAAAGCGGAACCCCGCGAUCGCGUAUAA